AUGUCAGGGCGAGCAAUAACUCUUCCUGCAAAUAAAUUCAAAGCACUUGGAGAUGUCAAAGAAGUUCUUCAAUCCAAAUACUUUAUUCCUAAAGAUGAUAUAAAAUUUUUAUUCGGUGUUGAAGUUUUACCAGACAAGAAACUCGUUUCCGAAAUCGAACUAUCUAGAUCGGACUUUAUUAUGAUUCAUCAAUCAAAUUCUUAUUCAAAAUCCCUAAAUAGUGAAAGCAAACUUAAAUCUUAUCCAAGACAAACAGUGGGUAAUCCGGAAAGAUUUGCUGAUCAUUACUCAAUUGUUAAAGAACACGCUGAAACUAUUGAAGAUAUUCAAUCUUCGAGAAAAGGAAUCGAUAUUCAACCUGAAGAUCCAAGUAACUUUCGUUUAUAUGUUCAACAACUUGUUGAAAUGGGCUUUGAACAAGAUAAAGUUGUUGAACUUCUUAGAAAACACAACUAUAAUGUUCCUAAGUGUCUAGACAUAUUAAUCAAAGGCGUGGAGCCUGAAGAGAAGCCGCCAGAGAAAGAAUAUGAUGUUUCUGACUUGGCUAAAUACAAUUUCCAAGAAUUCUCCGAACUUCUUGAUGAUUUGACUAAUCUUGAGAAACACAACUUAUUGAUUUUAUUAAGAACGCAUUUCUCUGUUCCACCAAUAGAAAUAAUCCAGUUAUUCAUUUCUUGCGAUAAAAAUAUGGAAGCUGUAGAUCAUAACCUCUUGGAUAACUGA